UUUCCCUAUCAAGGCGGAGCGAGCACAACGCUAAGUAUUCUGUAAUAGACUGCAAAAUGUCGGUCAAAAAACAUGCGCCAAAGCUCGAGGAAUAAACACGGACAAUGUCGACGCCAUGCGGGAUUCAGAGGUAACGUCAAUAUUUACGAGGUCCCGCAUCAACAGACAAGGGAAAUGGAAAAGGACCAAAGUCAGUGUCCAGAAUUUGGCUUUCGGUUAAAUCAUCACGAACAAAAUACCAAAAUGAAGUCAAAACAAAAUUUUAACGAAGUGAAUGGUUUUCCGAAAAAAACCGAACGACGACGCACAGAGACGAUGAACUUGGCCUUUGCUACUCUACGCGAGCACAUCCCAAACGUACCGACCGACACAAAACUCUCGAAGAUAAAAACAUUACGGCUGGCAAUUAGUUAUAUUCGCUAUUUGAGGGAGGUUCUUGAUGGAGAGGACCCUGGUGAAUAUGUUGUCGAUCUGAAACGAGAUCGAAACAUCGCCAUGGGCAUUGCCGAUCAGUAUGACUAUGAAGAAAAACAAAAGAAGGAGGUGGAAUAUAAAUUACUUCCAAAGCGAAAACGUGGAAGGACAGGUUGGCCACAGAAGGUCUGGGCUUUGGAAUUAAAGAACGAAUAAAGAAAUAUGUAUAAAUGUACUAUAUGGAUUAAUGGAUAGUGGAUCUCGCUGACUAAAAAUUAAAAUAUUCAAAGAUGGUUGCCGGUAUCAAAUUGGUGAACAUGGAGUUAUAAGGAAACUGGUGCAUGCUGCCUGCUCUUGAACAUAGGUUCACACAAAGUACUGUAGAACUAACUUUAAGGUAGAAAGACAGGGUGCAGUAUGUGAAUUCGUUUACAUGUUCACAUACGGUGCAUAUGCCAGUAUAAAUGUCUGUGUUAUGGCGUAUUUGUUCGUUUAUUUACGCUUCUGUCGGAUUGGUUAAUGGCCAACCCGGAGCAUGCCUGGUGCGCAAACUGUGUCACAGAGCAGACCUUUUACAAAGGUCUAUAUUACAAAGGUCUAUACAAAGGUCUAUACACCUUCAUCCAAUGCACGAUUAUACACGUCUGUAACUCGGGCCAUUUAGAUUUUAGAUUUAUAGAUUUUUUCUUGAUAAUUUUUCUGCAACUAAUCGUAAUAUAUUCAACGUAACAUCCUAGACAACAUGAAACAAUCCACUCCUUACCUGUCACAGAUUACUCAGCAAAUAAAUUACGCGCGGCUACAGCAUUGGCAUGUGACUAAAAAUUAAUAUUCGUCUAUUUAAAUAUGCUAAUUAUGUAAAUGUGGUAUUCUCUGUAAUAUUUCCAACUAAUUACUUACAUCAGUAGCAAUUUUCAAUAUUAUUAAUACAGAACCUAUCCGAUUGACAAAUUAAUUUGGUCUUCUUCGUUAAAAUGCGCUGAUAUUUAUCUAGGCGACAGGGUCGUUUACAGGAAUUUAUGCCAGGAAGGACAUGGUCAAUGGAGCACUAAUAUAUUUAGUAAAAGGUAGAUUACAAGUUUAGUUUUCCCUGGGAAGUGGGGGGGGAGAACUGCCCAAUAGUUUAUUAGAUAAUUAUGAUUUUAGAAAAUCAUCAAUUUUGAAAGUGAAUAAACAACUGAGUAAUUGUUGGCAUUAUUAUGGAACACUAUUGGUGACCAGAUGUAGUAAUUUUAAUUACUUUUGGUAAUUUUUGGUAAUUUUUCGGAUGAUUGUAGUACAGUA